AUGUCAAUCUAUUCAAUGCUAGGGUCUUCUCAAGAUUCAGCAUCUGAGCCCCCUAAAAAACCAACCAAGGACGAAGCUACAAGUUCAUCUUCUUUCCCACCACUUAAAGGAAUUGUUGCAACAUCUGCUCCAGUCACAACUACAGCCACAGCCACAGCUAUUAUUUCAACAACUGCUACUGCAACAGCUGCUACUGUAUCCAGUCCAGCCAUAGUCUCUGCAACAAAUACUACUACUACUACAACUCCUGCAACACCUACCGUUGCUUCUUCUACCCCACCAAUUACAAACUUACCAAGUAUAGGGUCUCUCCCCCAGCUUAAAACUUCAGGCUCGGACCGGAUCGCGUCUGUUUAUAGACCAGGUAGUGGUGGUGGUCCUGAGACUGGUCCCGAAACAACUGGUGGUUUACAUGUGCACCCCCAACAACAAUACGCGCUUCCUCCAUUUGGCAACUACGAUAGAGCUGAUGAAGACCGGAAGCUUGAAGCCCCCACACAAGCAUUAAAAACAACUGCAACAAGUGCCCCUACAACAACAACUACUACAGCAACCACAGUAACUUCUACGCCUGCUACAAGUUCUAUGGCUCCAAGCAGUAAUGGUCUUACUCAUGAACAACUUCUCCAGCAGCAGCAACAACAACAACAACAACAAGACAUAGCAGGAACUCAUAUCCCACAUAAACACCACCAUCAUAGCCAUAGCCAUUUCCACCACCACCACAUCAUGGAGCCUCCAUACCCACAGGGCAAUGUCGCGUACCCAUUGGAAAGUUCAGCAGGAACCAAUUCAAUUCCCAGCAGAAGUCCUGGAUUACCCGGUACUCAUUCUCAACCAACAGUAUCGUCACCACAAAUCUCAGCAACACAAACACAAACACCAACAUCUAUUACACAAGUACAACCCACACACAUACCCCCUACAUCAAUUGGAGGCCCAGUAACGACUCCACCUGUAGGACCAGUGACAGUUGGUGGCUUUGGAAGUGGAGGAUCCGUGGUUGUUGCAGGACCAUAUGUACACCAUAGUCACGCUCAUAGUCACAGUCACACGCACCAUAUGUACAGCGGCCAUGGACAUAACCAUCACACACAUACUCACACACAUACCCAUGGUGGGUUGAUAAGUACAGGGAAUGAUGGAAGAGGAGGAGGCAUGUAUGGAGCAUACACGGGGAAUGAAAAAGUGGUUGUAUCAAAUAUCCAGGUAUAUGAUGCUAUCAAGUACUUCCCCCGACACACUCUAGGGGUUGUUACAUAUAGGCCAAUGAGUGAUGAGAUUGAGGAAGAACUAGAGGAAGUGAGAAUGACAGAAGAUGAACUCGAGGGGUACCCCGGUGUUUCUGAAGCAACAACAGCAGCAGCAUCAAUAGGAAACAGCAGCAACAGCAGUAUUGGUUCUGGGGGGUUGCCAUCACUUGAAGGCCAUGAGAAUAGCGUAUUGUAUGUUCGCAUAGCAAGAAAAUACCUGAGCCGGGCAACCAACACUGGAGUACGAGAGAGACGGUUAUGGGGGACAGACAUUUACACGGAUGAUAGUGAUGUUGUUGCAGUAUUGUACCAUAUGGGAUUUUUACCUCCAGAAAGCAAUUAUUCUGAAAAUGGGUACGACCAAGAUAAAAAUAUAACACCUGCAGGAAUACAAGCAGAGUUGGAUGGGGAUUGCUUAGUGACGUUGGUGGCAUUGCCGCGGCUAGAGCGGUACGUGGGGUCGUAUCGUAACGGGCUGUACUCGCGAACAUGGGUACGUGUUCCACAUGACGGUGCAAGUUUCCAGGUAGUUAGUGUACGAUUUGUUUCUCGUGGGUCUGGACCUUUUGAAAGUAGUGGUUUGUCACUUGGUUCAAGAGUGGCCGAUGGAGUAGGUCGAAGAGAUUAUUAUAAUAAUAUAAUAACAAAUGGUGGUGUUGGUGGUGUUAGUGGUGUUAGUGGUGAUGGCGGCGGGGAAAGUAAUGGGUUUAGAGUGGCAGCUUGGAUGGAGGAAUUUCAUCGAGUAUUUGAGGAUACUGAGUAUGGAGAUGGUCCGGUUGCUGUGUCGCACACUAGGGAGGACCGAUAUCCUGGGAUCCAAUGGCGGUCGCGGGGUAAAUAG